CUCAACCCAAACAAACGCAGAGACACACGUGGGAUCAAAUCUCACGCCGAAUUUUAUUUAUUUUUAGUUAAAUCACAGACAAUGGCCAAGAUGCGGAAGGAAAAGGUGCGUUCGAAGCCGGCCAAGGCGCGCAUCGACCCGAAAAGCGCCACCGAAGGCGACGCCGCCGACCCUGAGGACGGCCCGGCCGGCGACGAGGUGCUGCAAGAGCCGGCAGCCAAGCGCGAUUUCGGCAUUCCGCAGUACGUGAACGACAUCAGGAACAAAAUCCUGCGUCGCGAGUUGGUGCAGAAGCUGAAGCGCAAGGCAAAGAAGGAGAAGAAGAAGCUCCGGGCCGAGUUGGCCGAAAAGGGCGUGCCCAAGCAGGUGCCCCGCACCAUCGAGAGCACCAGGGAAAAGGACGAAACCACGGUUGAAACUGCUGAAACCACGGAGGAGGACCUGGAGGAGGUCCAACUCGACCUGCAGAACGAUGAGCUUAGCCAGUACUUCGAACAAUCCUACGAGCCGAAGGUUUUGGUGACGUACGCGGACAACGCGAACAAAAAAUCGGUGUCGUUCGGGCACGAGCUGUGCCGCAUCAUUCCGAAUUCGCACUCGUUCUUCCGGAAACGCGCCUCCGUCAAGAAAAUCGUGGAGAGCUGCAAGAAGGAGGGCUCGUACACGGACAUCGUGGUCAUCAACGAGAACAUGAACAAGCCCAACGGCCUGCUGCUGAUUCACCUGCCGGACGGGCCCACGGCCCACUUCCGGCUCAGCAACGUCAAACUCAGCCGCAAAAUGCACAUCAAGGUCGACCGAAGGGAGUUCACGCAGCACCGACCGGAGGUCAUCCUCAACAAUUUCUCUACUAGGCUUGGAUAUACCGUUUCCAGGAUGCUGGCUGCGAUUUUCCACUACGAUCCGGACUUCAAGGGUCGUCGUGCGGUGACCUUCCACAACCAGCGCGACUACAUCUUCUUCCGGCACCACCGGUACGAGUUCAAGAACCGCGAGAAGGUGAAGCUGCGCGAAAUGGGGCCGCGGUUCACGCUGAAGCUGCGCUCGUUGCAGCAGGGCACGUUCGACUCUAAGUUCGGCGACUACGAGUGGAUGAUCAGCGGCCGGCGGCACGACAUGGAGACCUCCAGGAGGCGCUUCUUCCUCUGAAUCUUCAGUGAUAUUGUGCAAAAAGUGACGGACAAACUGCUGUUAAAUCACAGACUCAAAGCGUUUACGUUUAAAGGUGUAAAAAAAAUAAAGGAGAUUAAAAAUA